GUUCUACAACUUCGUUUUGCUUUUUUUUUCUCGCUGUUGAACAGCGUUAGACCUGUGUCCAAUGGGCACAGCAUAGCUCAGGCAAUGCAUAACUCUCGGCAAUAAAUACGAACGCGUACAUGGAUGAAACACAAUUAUUGCUCUUUCGGCCGCCUGGAGGCUAGAUUGACCUUGGCAAGCUGGAGAUCGUCGACCCAGCCUCUGUAUCUCUCGGUGAGGGUUGCGCCAACUCACUUGAGGAGCAGCUACUCCUCUGCCUUUCUACUCUGGAUCACGCUCUUGCAGUCGCGACUGGGCGCUUGGUGAACGCAUACUUUCACGUGACCGCGAUGGACCCCAUGAUGGCUUCCCCACAUGCGAGUUCCGAGUGAGGGUCUGGGAGGGUAUUCUUGCAAGGCUCUCCGUCUCCGGUGACAUCCUUCUAACUCUCAUCCCAGCCUUCAUGUCCUCGGCAAAAAUCCCUGCUUUGCGCGUCCUACGCACCAGGUCCUAUGCGACUGCUUCUCGUUCGUCACUCGGUGCUUUGAGCGCAGCAGCUCGUGCGAGAGCAGAACAACUAUCAUCACAGUGGAAAGGAACCAGUGCAACUGGAGGAAACACCAAAAACUUCAUCGGUGGUCAGUUCAUCGAGAGCAAGGCAUCCGACUGGAUUGAUGUCGUUGACCCGGCGACUCAGACUGUCCUGACCCGUGUGCCAGAGACCACUAGUGCUGAAUUUGACGAAGCUGUUGCAACUGCAUCAGCAGCGUUCCAGACGUGGAAACGCUCAAGCGUUCUCACGCGGCAGCGCUUUAUCUUCGAACUUCAGUAUCUUCUUCGCAAGCACGGUGAUGCUAUUGCUAAUAGUAUCGUUCUGGAACAAGGGAAGACAUUUGCCGAUGCACAAGGUGAUCUUCUGCGUGGAUUACAAGUAGUAGAAACAGCAUCCGGAAUACCCACUGCACUACUCGGUAAUCACAUUGAAGUGAGUAAGGAUAUGGAUACCUCCGCACGUCGACUGCCUUUAGGUGUCUGUGCAAGUAUUGCGCCUUUUAACUUCCCAGCGAUGAUUCCCCUAUGGACAAUCCCUAUGGCCAUUGCGACAGGGAAUACUCUCAUCCUGAAACCGUCAGAACGAGACCCAGGUGCCGCUAUGAUUAUAGCGGAGCUUUGCCAGAGAGCAGGUCUUCCCGAAGGCGUUCUCAGUAUCGUACAUGGCACUGUCCCUACAGUGAACGCUAUUUGUGACAGCUCAAUCAUCAAGGCGAUUAGUUUCGUUGGUGGUGAUCGUGCGGGUAAACAUAUAUACGAAAGGGGACGAAAGACCGGAAAGCGAGUGCAAGCGAACCUGGGGGCCAAGAAUCAUGCAGUAUUGAUGCCGGAUGCAAACAGGAACCAUGCAUUGAACUCACUCCUUGGUGCUGCUUUCGGCGCUGCGGGCCAGCGAUGCAUGGCCAUCUCAGUCGCUGUCCUUGUAGGGAACGCGCAGUCAUGGCUCCCCGAACUUGUUGAGCGGGCGAAGAAACUACACCUAAAUCAAGGGUUCGAGAAGGGUGCCGAUCUCGGGCCUGUAAUUUCACAAGCCGCUAAGAAACGGAUCGAGGGUUUGAUUGCUUCAGCUGAGGAGCAAGGUGGCAAGAUUAUCUUGGAUGGCCGUGGAAUUGAGGUCCCGGGUUAUCCCGACGGUAACUGGGUUGGACCUACCGUUAUUCAGGCGACAACGGAUAUGCGUUGCUACCGGGAGGAAAUCUUCGGUCCUGUUCUCAUCGUGGUCACUGCCGAUACUCUCGAUGACGCUCUUGCCAUCGUCAACGCCAACCCAUAUGGUAACGGUACAGCUAUCUUCACUCAAAGCGGAGCCACUGCUCGCAAGUUCGAGAACGAAGUAGAGGUCGGACAAAUUGGUAUCAACGUUCCUAUUCCUGUACCAUUGCCCAUGUUCUCUUGGAGCGGUAACAAGGCGAGCUUCUUGGGUGACAUACCAUUCUAUGGCCGAAACGGUAUCGACUUCUACACUCAGAAUAAGACGACCACAUCACUUUGGAAGGCGGAGGACGCCAUUGGUAACAAGGCCUCAGUUGACAUGCCGACACAUCACUAGAUGUGCAACACAACUAACGCCAUUAGAACAACACUAACUUCAUGUAUGUACCAUACCUUGCUUCAAAUACACGAAUUGCAGUCCCGACAAGCGAGCACGGUGGGUUUCAGCCAAAGGCGGACGAAGUGCACCUGGGUCGUUCCCAUACUCUCUCGACCGCCCCUGGGGGUUCUUAAUUCCUCCUAGCGCAUAGAAGAAGUAUGUAAGGCGUAACACUCUUUGAAUCAAAAUUACCUUCCGCUUUUCGUGUUGGACGUCUUG